GUUAAUAGUUAAUGGACUUACCAGUUUUUUUAAAUCCUAAAGUUACAGCAUAUAUAAAAUAGACCGUGUCUGAAAAAGGAACAGUACAAGUGUGAAUGUUGAACUAACAUGGCACAUAAGCUAAUUAUUUCCGUUUUAUUACUGGCUUGUUUAGCCGCCGCUAUAGUUGAAGCCUCACCCAUACUUGGUCUUGGAGGAGGCGGUGGAUUCGGUGGCGGUGGUGGUUUCGGUGGUUUCGGAGGAGGCGGCGGUUUCGGAGGUGGUCUUGGACUUGGAGGCUUAGGAGGAGGCUUUGGCGGUGGAUUUGGAGGCGGACGUUUCGGAGGUUUCGGAGGUGGAUUUGGCAAAGGAUUCGGAUUCGGAAAAUAAUAACAUUCCUUGCAUUUAUAGUAUAUAGAUUAAGAUGUAAAUAAAUAAUUUAUAACUCAUAACUGUUUUGAUUCUCAGAAAAUUAAAGAGAUUAUUUAGAAUA